AGAAUAGCAGAUAAGAGCAAUAUGGCUAAGUUCAUCUUCUUCCUCUCUUCCCUGUUAAUGCUGGCUUCCUUGCAAGGAAGCUAUGCAGUCACAUACAGUGUCACCAACCGGGCGGCAACAACUCCCGGGGGUAUCCGAUUCACAAACGAAAUCGGAGUUGCGUAUAGUAAGAACACACUCAAUUCCGCCACACAGUUCAUAUGGAGGCUAUUCCAACAGAGCACCGGUGCAGAUAAAAAGAAUGUGCAACAAGUGAGCUUGUUCGUUGACAAUAUGGAUGGAGUUGCAUAUGCUACCAACAAUGAGAUACACGUUAGCGCAAAUUACAUACAAGGUUACUCGGGCAAUGUUAAAAUCGAGAUCACCGGAGUACUAUAUCACGAGAUGACACAUAUUUGGCAGUGGAAUGGUAAUGGCCAGGCUCCGGGAGGGUUGAUUGAAGGAAUUGCUGACUUUGUGAGGUUGAAGGCCGGGUACGCGCCUAGCCAUUGGGUGAAACCAGGGCAAGGUGACCGAUGGGAUCAAGGAUACGAUGUAACAGCCCAUUUUCUGGAUUAUUGUAACAGUUUAAGAAAUGGGUUUGUGGCACAACUCAACAAGAAGAUGAGAACUGGAUAUAAUACCAACUACUUUAUUGACCUGCUGGGAAAGAGUGUUGAUCAGCUCUGGAGUGACUACAAAGCUAAGUAUAAAAACUAGGAAUAUAUAUGCUCAUGUCCAAAUGAGAAAAAAAAAUAUACCAGUGUUA